AUGGCGCUCUUGACCCACAAGUAUUCUCCCCUAGGUAUACGUCUCCUGGUUAAACGAAUGUGCCUGGAAAUACUGAAACUGCCCGCUCCCCGGCUGUCCGCUAAACACAUACCCUCGCUUGCGAAUUGCACUGUCCCCCUCCAUGAGACCGUCUCCCUCGGUAUAUCCAAACGAACUCCGCUCACUUCCAAAAAUGCGGCUCAGAUGCACAAUUCAUUAUUCCACUGCCAGACCAGGAAUUCCUCGGCUGGGACAUUCCCAGAAGCCGACGCAACCGUCGCCAUGCAGUCCGAGAACAUGAUUGCCAACAGCAUCACAUUUGGGACGUCCUUUGCCGCUGCCCUCGAGGGAUUACUGACGGCCACUACGAGCAUCGACCACGACAUACCGAGAACGAGUGAAACGCCUUCAUAG